UUCUUAAGCAAACGCUGCAGCCCCAUCCACAACGGUCAUUUGCGCCGACCUUUGCGAUGCGGGUUUGCCUCGUUCCGCCAGAACCAGAAUCUUCACAAUGAGAGAGAUCUAAGAAAGCGACUAACAACUUCUCCAAAGACAACCUCAUCAGCACUGGCAGCUUCGGAGAAGUCUUCAAAGGAACAGUCAUAGCCAUCAAAUGAGCCAUGCUCGGCAACGCCAAAGCCCUCCACCAAAUUCUCAACGAGGUUCAAAUCCUCUGCCAAGUCAACCAUCGUAAACUCGUCCGCCUCCUAGGUUGUUGCGUCGAACUAGACUACCAACCCCUUCUCAUCUACGAAUGCAUCCCCAACGGGACCCUGCUUGACCACCUCCACACGCACCGUUUUCAUCGUCCUCUCCAGUGGCUUUACAGGCUCAAGAUCACCCACCAGAUAGCUCAAGCUCUUUAUUAUCUUCACUCUUCAGCGUUUCCUCGUAUAUACCAUAGGGACGUCCAGUCAAGCAAUAUACUGUUUGGCGAUAAGUUUGAGCUCUUUAUUACAUGUAUGCUGGGACGACCCAACGGUGCAACCAUACGCUAAAGGCUGCUACAUAAGAGAUAUGAUUCGUAUAAUACCAAAUUCAAUUCCCAAGAUUCACACAUGGAAGGAGCAGACCUCUCAAAUGUCCAGGAUAAGAAAUCUCGCCAGCUUUCAAAGAAAGGGCCACCUUUGUACGGUCAAACGAUUUCCUAGGAGAAACUCUUCUCUGGAUUUGUACGAACGUUCUGUUGGAGAAGCAUCUUCAUCUGAUAGCAAAGAGAAUCGUAGAGUUGGCAUCAAGCAUGGCCUUGAAGGGUUGGAAUCUGAUUCUGCUUCUUACCAUAGUGAUCACUAUGAUGGUAACCUUGCAGCAAACCCAAAAGACUCACUGUUGCAUGGCUAUGAUAUUGCCAAUUCGAAAAAUGUACUCAGUGAAUAUGUGAAAUUUAAGCCUUCAAGCUCGAUCAGGAAUCCUUUUGUUUCUAUGGAUACUAAAGGUAGAGGAGGCCUAUCCAGUAGGAUGAUAAAGGAAGAGAAGUCUAGUGAAAAAAGAAAGGCAAGAAAACAAUGCGGUAAUGCAAAUGGAAUAGGGAUGCUUUCGCAUGAGGUUUGUGGUGCAAAACGUCUUGUUGAUCUACAUCAACAAUGCUGUGUUAAAGAAGAACUUGUUGCUGAGAUGCAACCACAUAAAAGUCAUAGGAAUUUAAAAGAUGCAGGUUGUAAUUGGGUCGGAGUUUGUUUCUUCAUAUACAAAAGUAUCUAUAUUUCAGCAACCAAUUAGGAAGAUAGUGAUGAGGAGCUGGAUUAUGCUGACAGUAUUGGUGGUAUUGUUAACUUUUAAUAAAACUUCUGACUUCCCAUGUGUUCCCCCCCCCCCCACUUUUUUUAGUUAUUAAAAUCCUAUUGUGAUUGCAUGAAAUGAAAUCUUUGAUAUACUAGUGUGAAGCAAUAAUUUACUAUCUCAUUUUAAAUAACUAGCAUGCGAGUUGUGAGGUAGUAUUAGUCCUAUACAUAUUCAUGAAAAUGCACAUUGACAAGUUAUUGGUGUGAAACAUGUGAUGUUAGCCAUUCAAAUUCCAUGUUUGGUUGCUGUGAUGAGCACUAGGUGCUCUCUGCAGAAAUGGUGCUAUUAUGAAUUUUAGCACGUGGCAAAACAUAUUAAAAAAUUGGGAGAAGAUUUGGGAAGAGAAGGAAAAAAUGGGAAUAACAAAAGGCCAUGAUUUAAUUUUACUUCAAUGGCUCAGAUUGUGCCAUGAACAGGAUAAUCGUACUGUUGUAAUGAUGUGCACUUGGUCACCCUCACUGAGCAUGGAAUCUAGACAUGUGAUGUUAACGGAAAUGGUGGCUGGGGUGCUUAUGAGACUUGAUAUUCUCCUUCAAUGUUAGGAUUCUUUGAAGUUGUCUUUCUAGUCAAUAGAGAUGUUCUUCUAUUUUUUUAAUCCAUUUCUACUGAAUAAUUAAGAGGUAAUGGAAAAUGUGACAUCACUGGUGACUGAAUCUUUGCCUUGUUUAAACCAAAACGAGUGGGAAAAUUUGUAGUUAAAGGCAAAUGGCAUAGAGAUUUAUACUCUUUUUCCUUAGAAUUUUAUUUUUGUUCCAACUUUCUGAUUCUGAUACCACUAGCACUGUUUCAAAUGGGUACGGUGAUCUUUUCAACAGUUUAUUUCAAUCGUCACAAGAUUACUGGUAUUAAGAAAUUUUUUGGGAUGUUGAUGCUUUAUUCUACAUUGAAUCUUCCUUAGCCUUUGCUGUAUUAUUAUUAUUAUUAUUAUUAUUAUUAUUAUUAUUUUUUUUUUUUAUUUUGUAGCAACCUUAGAUGUAUGUUUUGGUGAUCUAAAUUUGAAUGUCAUUUCAUUUAAUGUCUAUUCUUCUUUGUAAAGCAUGGGUAUGAUUGCAUUAGUGACUUUUCAAGAAACAUUGAUUUCUGUAUUUACUGUGGGGUUGAACAAUUCAGCUUUUUUAGAGAUUAACUAGAGUAACUUCUGGGUCAAUCAUUUUCAUCUCAAAAAGUUCUUGACAAAUCCUAAUCAUAUCAUUCUCUAUUUUCUAAAGGCAUUUGUUAUUUCAGCAUUACUUAUUUGUAUGCAGCAACAAAUAGGUUAGUGGAUAAGCAUGGUGGAGGGGCUGCAUUGCAAGUAUUGGAGACACAAUCCUCUUUUGCAUUAGCGGUUGGUUCCUAAGGAUUCUUUGACAGACUUGUCUUGUUUUUAGCUUGUGGCAAAGAUUUAGCUUAGAUGCAUGCAAUUAUCUUAAUUUGUUGUUAGAAUAUUUGACAAAUUAGGUCUAAUGAUGUGCUUGAGAAUUAAUUUCCAUGUCUUAAUCUGUAUUUCCAACACAUUAGUGCUUAAUGUUUUCCUAAUAACUAAUUUUGUCAUCAGAUUAGUUUUAAUUAGUGAAUUGGAAAAUAUCUAGGCAUUUUUUCAAGCCUUCCACUACUGGAUUAGCACCAUCUGCAAUUUAUAGCCACCAAAUCUUGCAGCUAUGUGGCUGAAAUUUUAGAUUUUGUCACAAAAGAUUUGGAUUCGAUGUUUUUAAUCCACAUGUUGAUUUUAUUGACAACUCCUAUAUAAAUGUAGGAAUGUUCUGACUGUUUUGGAUUUUUUAACUAGGAAUACAAGUGUAAAAAUGUUCUGACCGUUUUGGAUAUUUGAGCUUGAAUUUGAAAUAUGGAAAAAUUGUGAUUGUUUUGUAUCCUUGAACUUGGAGGCAAAUAUUGGAAAAUUAUUACCUAUACAAAUUUGGGAAAAUUGACUGUUUUAGAAUCUUGAACUUGGAACAUAAAUGUGGGAAAAUUGUGACCUAUACCAAUGUGGAAAAAAUUGUAAUCAUUUUAGGUUAUUGAACUUGAAAUAGAAAGUUGCACGUGAUAUGCUACAAUCAUAUUUUUGGCUUUCUAGAGAAAUGACUCUUGCAUCAUUUGAUACUUGUUUUGAUUGUCCUUGUUGGAACAGUGUGAUUGAUUAAUAGGCUUGAACUUGACUUGUUGAGUUGUCCUAUUUUUUCUUACUUAUGUCUUGAGAUUUUUUAAAGAAUCAUAUGUGGCAAAUGAGAAAUGUCAAUACAUUUUUUUUUUGAACAUAUAGGUCCUUGCUAUUUUAAUUGAACUUGUAUCUACAAUGCACUCUUACUAGGCUCAAUGAUAUUUGUAUCAUUUGAUGCCUAAUAGAAAUGUUGCAUAAAUAUAAUUAUAAGGGUCUACUUUUGCUCUUCAGCUUAGACUUUUUGUGUCUCUACUGCUUGUAGCCCCUGUCUAUAUACAUACAUAUAUUCUACUUUUGCAAAUUUCUCUUGUAUGUCUAGUUACAAAGUUUGAUGCACAUUAUAUCAUGUGUUGCUUAUUGUGAUGGCUCCUAUAUAGAUGUGAGAAUGUUUUAAUCAUUUUGGAUCCUUUAACUUGGCCUACAGAUGUGAGAAUGUUCUGACCAUUUUAGAUGCUUUAACUUCAAUUACAAAUGUGGGAGUGCUCUUAACAUUUUGAAUUCUUCAUUUAGAUUUGGAUCCUUUAUUUUGGAUUACAAAUGUGGGAAUGCUUUAACUGUUUUGGAUCCUUUAACGUUGAUUACAAACGUGGGAAUGUUCUAACCAUUUGGAUCCAUUAACUUGAAAUAUAAACGUUGGAAAGGUGUGACCUAUACAAAUGUUGGAAAAUUGUGACCAUUUUGCAUUCUUGAAAUUGGGAUGAAAAUGUUGGAAAUUUAUGUCCAAUGCAAAUAUGGGAAAAUGGACUAUUUGGAAUCUUUGAAAUUGGAAUGCAAAUGUGAGAAAUGGGUGACCUAUACAAUUAUAGCAAAAUGGUGAUCAUUUUGGAUUCUUGGACUUGAAAUAGAAAGCAGCCUUGUGAUUUAUUACAUUCUUAUUACAUUCACAUGUUUAGCUUUCGAAAUAGCCAUUGCAUCAUUCGAUACUUGUUUUGAAUGUCCUUGUAGGAGAAGUGAGAUUGAUUAAUGGGCUUGACCUUGAUUUGUUGAGCUGCCAUAUUUUUCUUACCUUCAUGUUUUGAGAUUUUUUGAAGUAUCAUAUGGGGCAUAUAUGAGAAACGACAAUACUUUAUUUGAAAAUAUAUUUCCUUGUUACUUUAUUUGAACUUGCAUUUUUAAUGCACUCCUAUUAGGCCCACUGAUGAUUGUAUCAUUUGAGUCCUAGUCUUAAUGUGCAUAAAUACAAUUAUAGGGGAUUUCUCUUGUAUGCACAUUUGCAAAGCUUGAUGCCCACUGCAUCAUGUGUGCUUGUUUUGAUGGCUCCUAUUCAAAUGUGGGAAUAUUCUAACCAUUUUGGAUCCUUUAAAUUUGAUUAAAAAAUGUGGAAAUGUCUUGACUGUUUUGGAUCUUUUAACAUGGAUUUUGACAGCUCCUAUAUUGGGAAUGUUCUGAAGGUUUUGGAUCCUUUAUCUUGGAUUACAAAUAUGGGCAUGCUUUGAUCAUUAUGGAUCCUUUAAUGUCGAUUACAAAUAUGAGAAUGUUUUGAUCAUUUGGAUCCAUUAGCUUGGAAUAUAAACGUUGGAAAUGUGUGACCUAUACAAAUGUUGGAAAAUCAUGACCAUUUUACAUUCUUGAAAUUGGGCUGAAAAUGUUAGAAAUUUAUAUUCGAUGCAAAUGUGGGAAAAUGGACUAUUCUGAAUCUUUGAACUUGGAAUGAAAAUGUGAGAAAAUGGUGACCUAUACAAUUGUAGGAAAAUGGUAACUAGUUUGGAUUCUUGGACUUGAAAUAGAAAGCAGCCUUGUGAUUUAUUACAUUUGCAUGUUUGGCUUUUGAAAUAGCCAUUGUAUCGUUCGAUACUUGUUUUGAAUGUCCUUAUAGGAGAAGUGAGAUUAAUUAAUGGGCUUGAACUUGAUUUGUUGAGUUGCCUUAUUUUUCUUACAUCAUGUUUGGAGAUUUUUUGAAGUAGCAUACCCAUAUAUGAGAAAUGACAAUAUUUUUUUGAAAAUAUAUUUCCUUGUUACUUUAUUUGAACUUUCAUUUUUAAUGCACUCCUAUUAGGGUCACUGAUGAUUUUAUCAUUUGAGUCCUAGUCUAAAUGUGCAUAACUAUAAUUAUAGGGGUUUACUUUUUCUCUUCGGCUUAGACUUUUCAUGUCUUCGCUGCUUGUAGCCACUAUACAUAUACAUAUUUGGGAAUUUCUCUCAUACACGCAUUUGCAAAGCUUGAUGCCCACUGCAUCAUGUGUGCUUGUUUUGACAGCUCUUAUUCAAAUGUGGGAAUAUUCUAACCAUUUUGGAUCCUUUAAUUUUGUCCUGGCCAUUUUGGAUCCUUUAACAUGGAUUUUGACGUCUCCUAUAUUGGGAAUGUUCUGUGUUUUGGAUUCUUUAUCCUAGACUACAAAUGUGGGAAUGCUUUGACCGUUUUGAUCCUUUAACAUCAAUUAUAAAUGUGAGAAUGUUCUGACCGUUUGGAUCUAUUAACUUGGAAUAUAAAUGUUGGAAAAUUGUGACCAUUUUGCAUUCUUGAAAUUGGGAUAAAAAUGUUGGAAAUUUAUGUCUGAUGUAAAUGUGGGAAAAUGGACCAUUUUUUAAGAUCUUUGAACUUGGAAUGCAAAUGUGAGAAAAAGGUGAUCUAUACAAUUGUUGGAAAAUGGUGACCGUUUUGGACUCUUAUACUUGAAUUAAAAAGUUGCCUUUUGAUUUAUUACAAUCGCAUGUUUGGUUUUCUAAAUAGUCAUUCCAUCAUUCAAUACUUGUUUUGAAUGCCCUUUUGGGAGAAGUGGAUUGAUUAAUGGGCUUGAAUUUGAUUUGUUGAGAUGCCUUAUUUUUUCUUGCCUUCAUGCUUUUGAUAUUUUUUGAAGUAGCAUAUGUGGCAUAUAUGGGAGAUGAUAAUACUUUUUUGAAAAUACAUUACCUUGUUACUUUAUUUGAACUUGCAUUUUUAAUUUACUCCUACUACGCUCACUAAUGAUUUUAUCAUUUGAUUCCUUGUCUAAAUGUGCAAAAAUACAAUUACAGGGGGUCUACUUUUGCUCUUUAGAUAUACAUAUUUGGCAAAUUUCUCCUGUAUGCACAUUUGCAAGGCUUGAUGCCUAUUGCAUCAUGUGCGCUUAUUUUGAUGACUCCUAUACAAAUUUGGCAAAGGUUGGAACAUUUUGAUCAUUUUGAAUCAUUUAAAUUUGAUUACAAAAUGUGGGGCUAUUAUGAAUAUUUUGGAUCUUUUAACUUGGAUUUUGACGGCUCCUAUAUUCAGAAUGUUUAGACAAUUUUAGAUCCUUUAUCUUGGAUUACAAAUAUGGGAAUGUUUUGAUUGUUAUGGAUUCUUUAACUUCAAUUAUAAAUGUAAGAAUGUUUUUACUAUUUUGGAUCUUUUAAAUUUGAAGGCAAAUAUUGGGAAAUUGUGACCUUUACAAAUGUUGGAAAAUUGUAACCAUUUGUAUUCUUGAAAUUGGAAUGCAAAUGAUGGGAAAUUAUGACCUAUGCAAAUAUAAGAAAUCGGCCAUUUUGGAUCUUUUAACUUGGAAUGCUAAUGUCAAAAAAUUGUGGCUUAUACCAAUGUAGGAAAGUUGUUAUCAUUUUGGAUUCUCAAACUUGGAAUAGAAAGAUGCCUCAUGAUUUGUUACUAUCAUAUAUUUGGCUUUCUAAAUAGCCAUUACAUCAUUUGAUACUUUUUUUGAAUGUCCUUGUGGGAGAAGUGGGAUUGAUUUACAGGCUUGGACAUGACUUGCUGUACUGCCUUAUUUUUUUUCUUACCUUAUGUCUUGAGAAUAUUUGAAAUAGUAUAUGUGGCAUAUAUGAGAAAUGACAAUGCUAUUUUUGGAAAUAUAUUUUCUUGUUAUUUUAUUUGAACUUGCAUCUUUAAUGCACUCCUACCACGCUCACUAAUAAUUGUAUCAUUUGAUUCCUAGCCUAAAUUUGCAUAAAUACAAUUAUAGGCUACUUUUGCUCUUUAGCUUAAACUUUCUGCCCCUUUGUUGCUUGUAACCCUUGCACAUAUUUGGCAAAUUUUUCUUUGUACAUGCAUUUGCAAAGCUAAAUGCCCACUGCAUCAUGUUGCUUUUUGGCAAAUGUGGGAAUGUGUGAACACCAUAUUUUAUCUGGGUAUUUUUUAAAUUUAAUAAUAAAUAAGCAAAAAAUAUAUAAAAAUAUAAAAAUGAAGUCUAAUCUUUUUUAGGAUUAUAUUUUAAUAAAAUAAAAAAAAUUUUGUUUAAAUAUUUUAAAAUUUCUCUCUAAAUUAUUCUAAUCAUUCAAAAAUAUUGGAGAGUUAACUUUUGAGAGUUAAUUUUUUAUUAUUAUUUUUUUCUUAAAUCUUUUUAUUUAAAAAAAAAAGAGAGAGAGAAAUAUUAUAAUUUAACUCAAAAUUAGUUUUUUUUCUUUUUUCAUUCUUUUAAUUUAAUUCUUGAAGUUAAUAAAAAAAAAAAAAAAGAAGAAGAAGAACAAGAGCAGAACGUGCAUGUUGCACGAGCUGGAGAGAGGAAAUGAGAAAAGAAGCAGACUGCCAGACACACGCAAAGAAAAAGGAGUAGAAACAGAACACACAAAACAGGCAGAAAAGAGAGUCAAAAAUGCAGAAAAAGGCAUAAAAGAGAACCAGAAACAUACGCACAGCAGAAGGCAAGAAAGGAGAAUGCAGAGAAGACCCUGAAAGCAAGCUGUGAUCAUAGAGGAGAUGGCAGACGAAAACGAAGUCAGGCACGCGAGCGAGCAGAAGGGAGACGCAUGCAUGCAUAAAGCUUGGUCUCUCUGAAAACACAGAAAAAAGAAGAGGAGAGCAGACUUUCUACUACACACGGAAAACACAGAGAGAGAAGAGCAAAAGAGACGAACACAACAGACGAAAAAAAUAUAUAUAUACUCUUAUCUACGCCAGUCACGAAGGGGGAGGAAGGAUCAGAGCAAAGAAAGCCAUGGGGAGGACCCGAAGUCACAUAGACUCGCCCAGGCAGAGAAAAUGGAUAAAGGGACAGCAUCCUGAGAUCCUUUCGAUUGCAGAGAGGAGGAGGAGGAGCAAGGAUGAACAUAAAAAAAAGGGAAGAAAAACAGAGCAUGGACUGCACUCACACAGGCAGAGAAAGGAGGGGAGUUUGCACGUAAAAGAAGGGACCGAGAGUGGGAAUGGAGGAAAGAUGGACGACGAUAAGAAAAGAACAGAAAAAGAAGAGUAGAAAACUGAGAAGCAGAGACGAGAAAGAGAGGGAGACGGAGAGAAAAACAGAGUACGGACUGAGAGGGAUUGAAGCUGGAUGAAAAUGGAGGGAAAGUACCUGACCGAGAGUCUGGGAGUGGGAGAAAAUGAGAGCAAGACAGAGAAAGAAGGGACCGAGAGAGCAUGAAGAAACUGAAAACAAAUAGAGUAUGAGAAACAGAGGUAAAACGAGAAGAGAGAGAGACAGAGAAUAGGAGACGAAGAGAAAAGGAAAAACGGAGCGAAAAAAAAUAGAGACCAAUAGAGGGAAGCUGGACGAAGAACAGGCGUAGCAAGAAAAAAAAAGAGAGAAGAGUGAGACCAAGAGAAGGGCUCAGAGACGAGAAAAAUGGCCAGGGACUGAGAGAGAUGGCCGAGAGCUCUGGAGGAAAAAAAAGGAAGAAAGAGAAGAGAGAUUGAAGAUUUAAGGGAGAUUAGACAUCCAAGCCAUUAACACAAGUUUGGUUAAAAUAUUUUGCUUGAAUAAUGGCUAAUGCGAUUAUAGCUAUGAUAAAUUUUAUGUGCAUAUAUGAUCUAGAAAGGAUAGGUAAAAUUUGGUUUAAUUUUUUUAAAGAUGGGCAUGUAUUGAGUGAGUAUUUGUUCUGACUUAGCUUGGUGAUUAAUGCAUGUUUAAAUCCAUUUAAAUGCUUAAAGAUGGAUUAACAAUCUGGUUUUUCAAAA